AUGAUGUCCACCUGCCUGAAGGCGCUGUUUUGGUCAUUCUGCUUCUGCUUCAUGGUGAUGACCGUGUGGUCCAUGUUGCUGGUGGAGGUGGUGCACCCGCUGGUGAAAGAGCUGGACAUUGCUGAGUGCAGCGACUGCGCGUGGGGGACCACCUCGGUGAUGGGUGCCAAUUUGUUGCUCUUCAAGACCGUCAUUGCCGGGGAUUCCUGGGGGGACAUGGCUGUCCCUGUGAUUGAAGCGCAUUGGUAUACUUCCUUUGUCUUUGUGGGCUCGUACCUGACCAUCGUCUUUGGAGUUUUAAACCUGGUUGUUGCAGUAGUGGUAGACACCUUUGCCGACGCUCGCGAGCAUGAUAUGGUGAACUUGGCUGAGGAGAUGGAGCGCGACCUGGAGAGUGACCAGAGCCUCGGUGGGUCGGUGGCGAGCCCAAUGGCAAUAUGGCUUGGUGGCGCCAGGCUCAGCUCUAGAAAACCUUCAGGAGCUCGGAAGAACCCGGAGUUCCAAAGCCGCCUGCGGGUCAUGGAUAUUGACGAAGGUGACUUGCGUGAGCUCUUUAUGAUGAUCGACGUGGAUGGCAACGGCACGAUCGAGGUGGAGGAGUUCAUCCGUCCGUUGAGCCGCUGGGUCCGGGACAGCAAGACGGCGCCGAGAUUCAUCAAGUGA